UUGAACUGACACCAAUCGAACAACAAUCCGUCCCUAUCGAAUAUUCGAUAUGUUGGGUCUCAUAACCCAACCUUUUACCCCGUAACCCACACGAAACUCAAUCCCUUGAGAACCAAUCAAACAGCCUCAUUCGUGCUUCCAAUGCAAAGUGAGAAAAAAUGAAACAGCCAGUCUCGCUCAACCCAAUUAUGCAUAGUUUCCCACAACCAUAGACUAUUUAGUAUUUUUUUGUUUAGACUACCUCCUUUGUCUUCUUUUCCCACCAUGACAAGCUCUGUUCCAUCCUCCUCCUCCACCACCACCACUACGACGACCACCAAGAGAAUGUCCGAUGCAGCAGCUGCUGCUGCUACGGCUGCUGCUACUGCUGCUGCCAAGGGCGGAAUUGCUUGGGGUGGAUCACUAGUGGGUUCCAAGAAUCCUCACAACUUGGGGUAUCGGUAUUCUACCCCUCACAAGCGAUUUCGAGCGGCUGGAGCCAGUGACGAUGGAUCUAACGACAAAUUGGAUUUGCCGACCAAUGUGGUGGUGCAAUUUUCGAAUCGACAAGGCGAAGAAUUGGCGGAUGUUCUGGAUUUGCCCACCAAUUCUACCAUGGACGACUUGAAUGCUCUCUUGCAUUCUCUAUUGAAUGAUACAGACCGUGACAACAAUAAGCGCAUUCCUUAUUCCUUCUAUGCCAAAUUACCUCAUUCCAAAGAACACCCAGAACUACUGGAAGAUGUGGAAAUCACCACGGAAUCAUUGGCUACCUUUUUACUGGAACACCAAGUCAGUACCGAACAAACUCUGCAAAUCACGUAUCAGCCCAUGGCGGUUUUUCGCGUGCGACCCAUCACUCGUUGUACCGAUACGCUCCCGGGACACACCGAAGCCGUCUUGCACGUGUCAUACUCACCCAAUGGACGUCAUUUGGCGUCGGGAGGCGGUGAUACCACGGUCCGAUUUUGGGAUGUCCACACCAACUUGCCCAAGUAUACCUGCCGCAAACACAAGGAUCACGUUCUCUGUACGGCAUGGAGUCCCGAUGGCACCAAAUUUGCCUCGGUCGACAAAAGGGGCGUCUUGAUUCUAUGGAAUCCACAAACGGGAGAGUCCAUUGGAGCACCCAUUCAGGCACACAAACAAUGGAUCACGUCCUUGGCGUGGGAACCACUCCAUUGCAAUAAAUCCUGCGAUCGAAUCGUCACGGCCGGAAAAGAUGGAACCGCCAAAGUCUGGAAUGUCCGAACGCGCAAACACAUCAAGACACUUGCCGGGCACACCGACUCGAUUGAAUGCGUCAAAUGGGGCGGAGAAAACUUGAUUUACACCGCGUCCCGCGAUCGAACCAUCAAGGUAUGGAAUGCCACACAGGAUGUGAAUCGUCUUGGAAUACUCGUGCGGACGCUCAAGGGACACGGACAUCGUGUCAAUACAUUGGCCCUGAGUUCCGAUUACAUUUGUCGCACCGGGCCGUUUGAUCCCAAUGACAAGAAACUCUUGCUCCAAAAGGAUAACCACGAUUCCGAUAAACUCUACGAAUUGGCCAAGGCACGGUACCAGGAAUUCCAACAAUCCUCCUGUCCCCAAGAAACACUCGUAUCGGGGAGUGACGAUUACACCCUCUUUGUCUGGAAUCCCGUCACAUCCAAACAUCCUCUCAAACGAUUGACCGGACAUCAGAAUUUGAUCAAUCAUAUUUCCUUUAGUCCGGACGGUCGCUUUUUUGCGUCGGCAUCCUUUGACAAGAAAGUCAAACUCUGGAAUGGAUUGACGGGAGAAUUCCUCGUGACAUUGACGGGACAUGUCGGAGCCGUCUAUCAAGUGGCGUGGAGUGCCGAUUCCCAAUACAUUGUCAGUGCCAGUGCCGAUUCCACGGCCAAAUUGUGGAAUGCCGCCAAAUCCAAAAAACAAGCCAUCGAAACGUUGCCCGGACAUGCCGAUCAAGUCUUUGCACUCGAUUGGAGUCCCAAUGGCGCCAGUGUCGCCACGGGAAGCAAAGAUCGAACUCUCAAAAUAUGGAAGCAUUAGUUAAUAGAACGAAGCUAUCUAAGGAUACCGUACCCUAACUAACCAGUAUUGUUUUAUAG